AUAAAAUGAGUAGAAUCUCAAAGACUUAUACUAACCGAUUUCAAAGAAAGAAGCUCAGAGAAAUAGCAAAAAGGUCUAUACAACAAGAAUCAAAGAUGAAGCAAAACAGUUUUACUAGUGAAGAUGACUACAUUUUCCCAAAGUUUAUGCGUAGCUACCAAGGCUUCAAAUAAAUUUGAUGCUGAUGAUUACGAUUUUCGUUCAAGCUCAGUCCCCUCAGGAGAUGAGCAACCCAAAAAUAUAAAAUUUCCAAUAAAAGGCAAACUGUACUAUAAUUCCAAAGCAAUCCGAAUGCAAAGAAUAGAUCAGCAGUUGUCUUCCACAGAUACUUGGAAGAGGAGGCUUAGCUCUGACGAUGUAGUCAAUGCAAGCACUGACGAACCAACUCAAAACUAUGAAGCCCGAAACAGCAGUCAGCCUAAAAUCAGAAUAUUUGUCAAAGGUGGGAAUGUUAUGAAUUACAAACCGACAAAUAUCCAGGAAACCAAAAGAAAGAAUAUCAAAUUUAGUAGCACUCAAGGAGGAGGUACGAAUAGGAGCAAAGUUCGCUCAGAAGCAUCACACAUGUCCAACACUACUCAGACUCCCAGCAGGAUUGAAGUUAUAGAGAACAAAUGACGGUUUAUUAAUACAAGGCCGAGUUACGACGAAAGGAAAGUGUCCAACCUCAUUGAAUCGAGGAUUCAAGAAGCUCUUGAUAAGAUUGACAGAAAGGAGGCAAACACUCCAGCUCCUUGCUCACUAAUUUCCCCAGUGAGGAAGAAAGACUCCUUGAUCGAUGAAAAGUCUGAGUUCCUCUAGAUAUGUUCAAAUAUAAAUGCCGUUACCAGAAGAAAUAAGAAAUGGACUUACAAAAUAAAGGAAUCUUCAAUCCCAAUAGAUGUGAUCUUCCAUGAAGAAGUAUCUAAAGUGAAGAACAAAGAAAUACUUGAUGAGAGACACCAUAAAACUAUCAGCUUCAGGUACUUCCAGAAGGGCCGCAAGAGAGGAAGAGUAUACUUCACUGUUGAAGGGGAUAACGAGCCGAUAGAAAGCACUUAUAUUUGUAAAACUAUUAGCUAUUAUAAGACAUUCAAGAAGAAUGCUCAUCCUAGUUCCCCAUUUCAUUCUAUUGAGCCAGUUGAAUUGAAGAAAAGGAAGAAUGGGAGUCUCGAAAAGAAGCUGAGCUUGCGGAACAAAGUUGAGUCGUUUACUGAAAUUGCUCAGGAUGAUAGCGAGACUUCAGAUUCAUUCCAAGAACUUGUGAUAACCGAAAAGUCUGAGGAGUCUUCACACUUGUCUAGUGAAUCUAUUAUAAAGCCCAUUAAGGCUCAAAAACUAGUAAAGAGAUCAAUUAAGGCACCAAGUUCUAAUUUUAAGACAAGGCUGAUAAGAAAGCCUUCAUUCUGUACUCCUCUGAGCCCCAGGAAGCUGCAAGGAGCUGUUCCUUCAGAGUUGUUUUCUAACCCUGAAAUUUUGAACAAAGCUAGUUACAAGAUCUUUAAGCUUUACUUAAAACAUGGAAAGGGGCUAUCCAAGACUCGAUUGAAAGCUCCUAAAUAUAUGAAAUCUCCAGAUCCACUCAAAGUAUCAUUUACAACAACCAUGGAGGGACAUAAAGGGUUGAAUCAGGACUUGAACUCGAAUAAUAACAGAGCUGGUUCUCAGCCAAAGUAUAUAAAAACCACCAAAGCUAAUGAUUUAUCUUCCUCGGUGAGAACUCCAAUAAAAUAUGAAAAUAAAUGGGAUAAAGCUAUGCGUAUGAAUAAACGAAAGGGGGAAACAGUGCUUCUCAAAUCUAAAAAAUACAGAAAGAAGAUCACUGACAAGUUGAUGUUCCAAAAGAUGGUUGAUCAUAUUGCUUUGAGCAAGCUAAAAGAAAAUCAUAACAAAAAUGAACUCAGUGAGGAAGAUGGCUUUGUUCCAAAUCCCAAACAAGACAUUCACCAAAAAUUCGUAUCCGAUAUGCAAGCUCUAAUUCAUGGUGAUUCUUAAGACUUAUAGCCAAUA